AUGCCUACAAGUUCAGCUGAUAACUAUAGUCUAAAUGGUGAAGUUGUUGUCACUUGUCUAAAGAAUGCCAUCUCCUACUUCAGUGAUCAUACUGAUUACUUGAAGAAUGUUGCUGCUAUGAUUUUUCCGUUACUCCUUGUUCUACCACAGACACAAAGCUUGAAUUUAAAGGCUCUGGGACUAGUCAACAAAAUAAACUGGCCACUUUAUCAGAAUAUUGUCGUGUCUUCUUUUGGAGAAGGGACAUUGAUACCUGGAAGUUUAUCUUCAAUUAACUUGAAGACUAUUGAUAACAUGGCUAAGAAUUUCAUGGUCCACCCCAAAGAGCAUAUUGCUUGGUUUGUUGAAAGUUGCAGUGAUUUGGAGUUGUCAAAGACACUCUUCUUUUUUGUUCUUUUGCAGUCUCUUUUGAUAAAACCAAAAGAUGAAGACAUUUAUACACUAUUUGAAUGUGUAUUUCCUAUUCUAAAGGCUGAGUGGGAAACAUCAAUGACAGCUGGUGAUGCCUCAUUGGAUGAGUUCAAGCCUGAAGUGUUAGACUGGGAUUGCAGUGCAUUCUUUAAUGAGCUUUUGUAUGUCAAGCUGAGACAUCUAAAUGUGAAGGUUAUGAUUUGCAUAUUUUGGAGGCUAGCACAACUAAUAUCAGUACUACCUUCUGACAUUCUGCUUCAUGAUGAUGAUAAGUGGGUCAACAAGAUAAGGGAUCUGUUUGUAUUUUUUGCUUCCUCUAAAUUGAAGCAUACAUUCCUCGAACACCUCCAUUACUUAGCAGCACAAUGCAAAAUAUCACCUCCCCGCCUCUUAUCUAAGUUUUUCACAGAUGAAGGUGUUACUGCUGCAGUUCAGGUUGAAAGUCUUCAAUGCUAUGCAUUUCUUUGUAGCCUGUCGCAAGAUAAAUGGCAAAUUGAACUUUUAGCUGAAUUUCCUUCUGUUCUUGUUCCAUUUGCGAGUGAUAAUCAGUCUAUAAGGGUUGCUGCCAUGAGCUGUAUUGAUUCAUUGCGUACAUUGUGGUGUCAUGUUGAGCGUUCUGGCAAGAAAAAUGGUAACAAUGCAACGUGGAUCCAUUUUUUGGGUGAUGUUUUGGCAUUGAUGGAUCCACAAAAAACAUUCAUAUUGUCCGACAAGAAAUUUCUUCCUUCAUUGUUUGCAUCUGCUUUUAGCUCAUCCUGUCCAAACAUCUUGGAGCCUCGAAACAUCUUGGUACCUCAAGAUAUAGAAAAAAGGAAUUUAUCUUCGAGUGGAUUGUCAAGAAAGAUAGACCCUUCAAUUUUAAAUCUCACCAUGCUGGAGAAUUUGGAUUUAUCAAAUAAUAGCUUAAAGGAUGAAGUUCCCGAUUUUCUGUCUCAAUUACAACACUUGAAGAUCCUAGACAAGCUUGAUGUUAUUAAAGGCUUUGCACCUACCUCUGGCACUAACAGUGACAAAGAUGAUCAUAAUGGGGAGCAAUUGAUGGAAUAUGAAUCUCAAAGAUCUCCAUGAGAAGUAGGUUUGAGCAGAUCAAACUUUUGUCUAAACUUUGGAGCAUGAUUUAAAUUAGAGCCUUGUCAAAAAAAUUCAGUCUUUUUUAUUUUAUUUUUUUUACAUCAUUGGUACAAACAUUCUUAAAAGGAGUGAGCAAGAUAGAUCAAUU